CGAAUAGUUUCCUUGCAAAUAUGCAUUUUACAGUUUCUAAAAUUCCCUAUACCUUACAGCCUGCUGACUGGGAUGACAGAGAAUACAUUGAAGAUCCUAAUGAUGUUAAACCAGAGGGAUAUGAUUCAAUCCCAGCCGAGAUUCCUGAUCCGAAGGUUAAAGAGCCUGAUACAUGGGACGAGGAUGAGGAUGGCAUGUGGAAGGCUCCCAAGGUUCCAAAUCCAGCAUACAAGGGACCGUGGAAGCGUAAGAAAAUCAAGAACCCCAAUUACAAGGGAAAAUGGAAGACUCCAUGGAUUGAUAAUCCAGAGUUUGAGGAUGAUCCUAAUCUUUACGUGCUAAGACCAAUAAAGUAUAUGGGCAUUGAAGUUUGGCAGGUAAAAGCUGGAUCAGUUUUUGACAACAUUUUGAUAUGCGAUGACCCCUAGUAUGCAAAGGAAGUUGUUGAUGAUACGUUUGCAAGAAAUAAGGAGGCUGAAAAGGAAGCUUUUGAGGAAGCAGAAAAAGAAAGGAAGGCUAGGGAAGAAAAGGAGGCUCAAAGGGCUCGAGAGGAAGGUGAAAAGAGAAGAAGGGAGCGAGACUAUCGUCAUAGAGAUAGGAGGCGGCAUUGCAAGAGGAGAACAGGCAGCUAGCAAAUAAGGUAAAGGAAAAUGAGAAGGCUUUGGUUGAAUGUGGACAGUGCGAUGUUCCAAACUUGGUUCAUAAUAAACAGCCCAUUUUUGGAAUGACACCACCAAUUCCUUCUUUAUCUUUCGGAAGAUGAAUAUUUUGUGGAGGA